UUUUUUAUUUUAUAAUAAAUAAUAUAAAUUUUAUUCUCAGUUUAUCUAAUAAGAUAUGUCGUUAAAACAAAAAGCAAUAACACUGUGACUAAAAAUCACUACAGACUUAAGAAUACCUAUCUAGUCAAUAGCUGUAACAAAACAAUCAUAAAGAUGGGAAACCAAUUGGUAGGUGUUGCGCCCUCACAGAUUUAUCCAGUGGAACAUUAUUUGAAUGACCACGGAGAUUUAGCAUUUGAUCAGAGCUUAGGCUCCACAAGAUUCUUCAAGGUUGCACGGGCAAGAACACGAGAGGGCUUAGUUGUAGUCAAAGUUUUUGCUAUCCAUGACCCCUCUUUGCCUCUGGCUGAACAUAAAGAGAGGAUACUAAAGAUUAAGGAACAGCUAGCAUCUGCUUUCAACUGCCUACCCUUUCAACGAGUUAUUCUUACAGACAAAGCGGGCUUACUUAUAAGGGAGUACUGCAAAUGUAGUGUAUAUGAUAGAAUGUCUACGAGACCUUUUCUGUCAGUGUUAGAGAAGAAAUGGAUUACAUUCCAAGUGCUGUAUGCAUUGCAUAGAAUGCAUAAACUGGGCAUAUGUCAUGGAGAUAUAAAGUUAGAAAACAUAAUGGUCACAUCUUGGCUGUGGGUUCUAUUGACUGAUAUAGCAUCAUUCAAGCCCACAUUCCUACCUGAUGACAAUCCAGCUGAUUUCAGUUACUUCUUUGACACAUCAAGAAGAAGAUUGUGUUAUGUAGCUCCAGAGAGAUUCAUACGAGCUCCAGACCCUAUAAGUAGGAUUGGUGAUGACAAAGCUGGUGGGAUGCUAUUGAGUGAAUCACCUUGCAGGAUUGGUGAGCUGGUGCCUAGCAUGGAUAUCUUUUCAACAGGAUGUGCCUUAUUAGAGCUAUGGAAUGAGGGCACCCCAGCUUUAGAUCUGACGGGAUUGCUGGCGUACCGCAACGGCGAGGAGCGACCUUCCACUUUGACCCUGCCUGACACAUGUGACCCUGACCUUAGAAAGCUUUUACAUUCUAUGACAGAAAGGAACCCGAAAGAUAGACGAAGCGCCGAACUUUACCUAGAUGAAGCUAGGGGCAAAUUAUUCCCAGAGUAUUUUUAUUCGUUUCUCCAGUCUUAUAUGCUUAUAUUCUCGGCACAACCAAUUUUACCGGCCGACGAGAAAAUUACAAGAAUAUAUCAGGACAUAAAGAAUAUUAUCAAAAUAUUCACGCAGCCGUCAGAUGCAAAAAAUUAUCAGGAUUUAGUUGACGAGACGACGGAAGCGAAGAAAGUUGAAAUAGAUUCGUUGGAGGGAUUUAAAGUACUGAAUGUAAAAGUAGCGGAUAUUGAGGAUGAGCCAGAAAAGACUCCGGAGCCCAAAGACCUGGGUCCAGACAGUGAGGGUUUGAUUCUGAUAACAUCUUUAGUGACGUCAUGUAUACGAGGCUUACACCACUGUACCUCUAAGUUACAUUGCCUAGAGAUAUUACAAUUGCUCUGCGAAAACUCAAGUUCAGAAACGAUUUUAGAUCGAAUAUUACCCUAUAUUAUCCACCUAUCCCAAGCGCCCGAGGCGCGCGUCCGCGCCGCCGCGGUGCGGUGCGCGGCGCGCUGCCUGCGGUGCGUGCGCGCGCUGCCGCCGACGGACUGCCACGUGUUCCCCGAGUACGUGCUGCCCGAGCUCGCGCCGCGUGCCGCUGACCCCGCCCUGCCCGUGCGCAUCGCGUACGCCGAGAGCGUUGCAAAGUUGGCGGAGACGGCAGUGUGGUUCCUGGACCAAACGCAGAACAUGGUUGAGAAAGAGGCUGUCAACAUCAACUAUGAAACUGAGCUGUCCGCGCUGCACGAAAUGGUUAGGUCCACAGUUCUAAAUCUCCUGACAGACUCGCAGGCGGUGGUAAAACGUGCACUUGUCGAGAAUGGAAUCACCAAACUAUGCGUGUUUUUUGGGAAACAAAAAGCAAACGACGUGAUUCUGUCGCACAUGGUGACGUUUUUGAACGACAAAGAGGAGGCGGCGCUGCGUGGGUGUUUCUUCGAGCGGGUGGUGGGCGUGGCCGCGUACGUCGGCCAGCACGCCGCGUCCAUACUGCUGCCGCUGCUGCAACAGGGCUUAACAGAUCAGUCGGAGUGGAUAAUCGCGAAGGCACUACGCGCGGCGACAAGUCUGGCGGAGCUGGGUCUCCUGCCGAAGCCCGCAUUGUGCGACCUCCUGGCUGAGAGCGCUGUAUACCUUGCGCAUCCUAAUUUAUGGAUCCGUCACGAAGUGUGUGGGUUCGUAUCCUGUAUCGCUGGUCUGAUGAACCAAAUCGACGUGCACUGUAAAAUCCUGCCUCUAGUGUGGCCGCAUCUCAAACACAAACUCAUACAGGUGGAGCGAGCAGAGUUGCUAUUAGAAAGUCUAGCGGAGCCGAUACCGCGCAAAGUAUUGGAUGGAGUACUGCGGCAUGGUGACGUCAAUAGACUCGUGCAGACGCUGCGCGAGCGACGCAACGCACGGCUCAAGGUAAAACAAGGAACAAUGCCACAAUAUUCCGAAAUGGGACAGCAACUCAAGAAUUUAUUUAGGAGAUUAGCCUCUGAUGGUAUGACAGAACAUGUCGAAAAUCAGCUACUUGCGAUGAGCGCUCACCUUAUAAAGAUACAGAGCUCCGCUACACAGCACGCGUCAGACACUCCGGGUCGCCUGGUGUCCAACGGCAUCGGCAUCUCCAAGUCCGUCCAACUCGACAGCGGCCCCGCCGAAGCUAUAGGCCAGAACGUUGACAAAAUGUAUGCCGCUACUACACAGAGCAGACGAGUCCAAAAAACGUCAAUAUCCCAAGAGACGCACAUGAACACGGAAUGGCAACACAUGUUCGGACAGGCCUCAGAACAAGCCUCUACGAUCUCAAAAGCGACGGAGGCGUUGCCGCAAACGGAGAGCGUGCACGCAAGUGCGGGCGCGAGCGUGCGUGCGGGCAGCGCGCCGCCGCCGCAGUUCGCGCAGAGUUCUACAUACGUACAGUAUAAUAUGGCCCCCUGUCGAGUGGAACUUAGAAAUUUAAUAGCGCGGACGCAACAGAAAUUCCAGAAGUCUCUUAGGUCUCACGACGAUCACGUGGACUCUAGCGAGGACCUGUCACCGCCGGCGAGCUGGCGGCCCGGCAACCAGCUGCUGGCCUAUUUACACGAACAUAGGAGCCGCGUGAACCAGCUGGCGCGGCUGCCGGCGCACCGCAGCGUGUUCGCGUCGUGCUCCGACGACGGCACCGUGCGACUGUGGGACGCCGCCAAGCUGCAGGGACACGCCUACGUCAACAGAUCGAAAUCGAUGUAUAAUCGCGGCGCGGGCCCCGUGAUCGGGCUGGCGGCGUGCGAGGGCGGACACUCCCUCGUCGCCGCUACUGAGGGCUCCAUCUUCGUGCUCAGGGUGGACAACGCGUCAGGUCGCAUGUGCCUGUCACAGUCGCGGCAGCUGAGCGGCUCGGGGCUGGGCGGAGCGGCGGCGUUGGCGUGCGCGGGCGGCGCGGGGGGCGGGGUCAUCGCGUACGCCACGUACGACGGCGCGCUCGUCGGCUGGGACCUGCGGGCGCCGGGUAACGCGUGGAAGCUGCGCGGCGACGUGCGGUGCGGCGUGGUGACGGCCCUGUCGGCGCGCGCGGGCUACCUCGCCGUCGGCACCGCCAGCGGCGCGCUCGCCGUCUGGGACCUGCGCUUCCAGCUGCCCGUCACGUCGCUCAGACAUCCUAACUCGGAACGCAUACGUCGCAUCGUAUCCUUCGACAGCGAACCGGGAGGGUCGCGGGUGUGGACGGCGGGGGGACGCGACGCGGCGGCGUGGUGCCUAGAGUCCACGCAGCGCACGCACGCGCUGUGGCCCGCCACCAACUCGCCGCAGCCGCUGCACUAUAGCGCACCGGCGUCGCAAUACAUAUCGGCGUUGUGCGUGGCGGGCGGGCGGCGCGUGAUCACGGGCGGGUCGGACGCGCGUCUGCGCCUGUGGGACCUCGCGCAGCCUGACGACUCGCUGCUGCUCGUGCCCGCGCAGGCCGACACGCUCGCGCCGAAGUACAGGAGCCUAAUAAUAGAUGGCACCACGGUAAUACAGGAGUGCUGCAAGGCCAACCCGUCCACGCCAGUGCUGGACGACAACGUCUACCGGCAGGUGGAGUCGCGCACCUUCUACCACACAGCUCCGAUAACUGACGUCACGCUGGUCGAGGGGAACAAGUGCUAUCUGGUCAGCGCCUCCGCUGAUGGCAUCAUUAAUGUGUGGAAGUAGUGGUGAGAUAAAGGCAAGUAAGGUAAAUGACUAGUAGAUUGGACAGUACUAGUCAUUGGAAAAAGCA